AGGAAAAUGUUUAUUGGAGGUUUGAACUGGGACACUACAGAUGACGCGCUCCGGGAUUACUUUUCACAAUUUGGAAAAGUGGAUGCGUGCACGAUUAUGCGUGACGCUGCAGGUCGCUCGAGGUGCUUUGCGUUUUUGACGUUUGAAGAGCCUGCGAGCGUGAAUGCUGUGAUGGUGCGAGAACACUUCUUGGAUGGGAAAAUCAUCGACCCCAAAAGAGCCAUCCCGAGACAAGAACACCAACGCGCCACGAAACUCUUCAUCGGCGGAUUGGCGGGCAGCGUCACUUCCGAGAGCAUGCGCGAGUUCUUUUCCCAGUUUGGGAAAGUCAUUGACUCGACGGUCAUGUUGGACCGCGAGACAGGGCGAAGUAAAGGGUUUGGGUUCGUUUCGUUUGAGGAU